AUGGUCAAUUCAAAGGUGCUGGCCCGGCCAGCAUUGCAGCUGUCAAUCGCUGCUUCUCGCCGACCUUUACCGACCGUCUCCCAAAGACAAUUCGCCCAAUUGACACGUCCCGUAAUACGGACUCGCCGCGGAGUAAUCGAGCACUCUGCCCCUCGUCGGACCAAUGCCACCGCCGCCUCUCCGUCACCUGCACCAAAACCAAAGAAGAGAGCUGGGUUCUUCAGAUGGUCAUAUCGGUUAUUCCUGCUAUCGCUGGUGGGCGGAGUGGGCGCAUUGGGACACAGUAUCUAUCUACUGCGUCACCCCGCCGAGCAGUUUGCUCCAGAUCCAGAGAAGAAGACCCUGGUGAUUCUGGGCACCGGCUGGGGCUCAGUUUCCCUCCUCAAGAAGCUUGAUACCGCCAACUACAAUGUCGUCGUCAUUUCUCCGCGCAAUUUCUUCCUCUUCACCCCUCUUCUGCCAUCGUGUACCACCGGUCUGAUCGAACAUCGCUCGAUCAUGGAGCCUGUUCGCAACAUCCUCCGGCACAAGUCCGCCACUGUGAAAUACUACGAGGCCAAGGCCACAAAGAUUGAUUAUGAGAGGAAGGUCGUGCAGAUCAGUGAUGAAUCGGAGAUCAAAGGCGAUACUUCCCAGACCGAAGUCCCGUUCGACAUGCUGGUCGUGGGAGUCGGUGCAGCCAAUGCGACGUUCGGUAUCCCUGGCGUCAAGGAGCAUUCUUGCUUCUUGAAAGAGGUGGGCGAUGCGCAGAAGAUUCGCACACGAAUCAUGGACUGCGUCGAGACCGCUAUCUUCAAGGACCAAACCCCCGAGGAGGUCAAACGCCUUCUUCACAUGGUCGUCGUUGGAGGCGGUCCAACCGGGGUUGAGUUCGCCGGUGAACUUCAGGACUUCUUCAAUGAGGAUCUGAAGAAGUGGAUUCCGGACAUCAAGGAUAACUUCCACGUCACUUUGGUCGAGGCUUUGCCAAACGUUCUUCCCAUGUUCUCCAAGCAGCUUAUUGACUACACCGAAUCUACAUUCAAAGAAGAGGCGAUCACUAUUCGCACCAAGACAAUGGUGAAGAAUGUCACAGAUAAGUACAUCGAAGCCGAGGUCACCAAUCCCGAUGGUUCAAAGGAAAUGGAGAAGAUUCCGUACGGGCUCCUUGUGUGGGCUACCGGUAAUGCCGUGCGCCCCGUCGUCAAGGAUCUGAUGAGCCAAAUCCCCGCCCAAAAGAUCUCCCGCCGCGGUCUCGCCGUUAACGAAUAUCUCGUCGUCAACGGAACCGAGAAUAUCUGGGCCGUCGGCGACUGCGCCAUAACCAACUACGCACCCACCGCCCAAGUAGCUAGCCAGGAGGGCGCAUUCCUUGCAAGGCUCUUCAACACCAUGGCCAAAACUGAAGCCAUCGAGAAAGACCUGAAGAAACUCUCCGUCGCGCAAUACGAAGCAAAGGACGACGAGAAGCGCAACCAGCUCCUCGAUGAGAUUCGGGCGCUGCAGAAACAGCUCCGCCGCACCAAGCAGAUUGGCCCGUUCCAGUACUCCCACCAGGGAAGUCUAGCGUACAUCGGCAAGGAACGCGCCGUCGCGGAUAUCAGCUGGCUCAGCGGGAAUAUCGCUAGCGGUGGGACCCUAACGUAUCUUUUCUGGCGCAGCGCCUAUCUGAGCAUGUGCUUUAGCACGCGCAACCGCGUCCUCGUCGCACUCGACUGGGUCAAAGCCAGACUCUUUGGUCGUGAUGUCUCCAGAGAGUGA